GUUAAUACUCUUUAUUCAAUGGGCUAAUGCUGUUUAGGGUAUUAAGGAUAAGAAAGGAAAUGCCAAAUUAUUUUGUAAACUUAGAUCCAAAAUACAAUUAUUUCUGAACAAGAUCUGAACUACAUUAAUUAAAUUAAACUUAUACAAGCUUGUGUUAGAGGCUAUUUAGUAAGAAAAAGAUUAUAAGGCUUAAUCAAAAAAUUGAAAGAAAAAAAUAUUUUAAUGAAGGAAAAGAAAUACAACUCUAAUGAGUUAAGUUUCAAUGACUCUACACCAUUUUAGGACACUAAACCAUCUUAGACUACAAAAUUGGAAUGCUUACAAGCAGAAAAAAUAAAACUAUUGGACAAAGUACCUGAUUAUUUAGUUAAUAGAGUGAAUAAGAUUCUAUAAUAAUAUACAUCAUUUAAUUAUGAUAAUGAAGAAGAGAAUAAAUUUAAUUUUCAGAUCCAUCAAUUGAAUGAUGGUUGCAUUUAUUAAGGACAGUGGAAAAAUGGAUUGAAACAUGGUUGUGGUAGACAAUUUUGGCUUAAUGGUUCAUAUUAUGAAGGAUAUUGGGCUGAUAACAUGUUCCAAGGAAGAGGUAGGUUAAUAAAAUUGGAUGGUGACAUUUAUUAAGGAGAAUUCAAAAAUAAUAAGGCUUCAGGAAAAGGAACUCUUUACAGCAUUGAAGGUCUUAAAUAUGAAGGAUAAUGGGAAGACAAUGUAAAAAAUGGUUAUGGUACCGAAAUAUGGUGUGAUGGAUCUGUGUAUGAGGGUUAUUAUAAAAAUGGUCUCAAAAAUGGAUAAGGAACAUUUAAAUGGGCUGAUGGAUCUGUCUACAAUGGUGAAUUUGUUAAUGGAAAUAUUGAAGGAGAAGGCGAAUUCAAAUGGGAGGAUGGUAGAAUUUAUAGUGGUUAAUGGAAGAACAAUUAAAUGGAUGGUUAAGGAAUUUUCCAAUGGCCAGAUAAUAGAAAAUAUUUAGGUAGCUAUUAGAAUGGGGUUAAAGAAGGGUUUGGAUCAUUCGAAUGGCCAGAUGGCAGAAUAUAUAAAGGUCAGUGGUUAAAUAACAAACAGCAUGGAUUUGGAACCUAUUUAGGAUCGAAUGGAAUAGAAAAGGAAGGAGAAUGGGCUGAAGGUAAACUAGUGCGUUGGUAAAAGAAUAAGAACCGAAUUUAAGACUCUUGA